AUGCCGUUUCCCAGCUUGCGACGGCGCACGGUCAAUGAAACGGUUCAGCAGCCAGAGGAACACAAGACUCCUUCGCCAUCACCAAGAGGUCGCUCAGCAACCGUCCCUAGCCUGACUCCACGCAAGAGCUUAACAUCUCUCAUCGGCUCCGUCAGAAAGAGAGGUAAUCCGAGCCUCUCGUCAACCAAACCUCAGCAUCAUGUCCUCGGACAAGAACUGUACUCCGACUACGAUGCCUCGAAUCCCGAUCACGACCCUUUUAGUGCUGACCAACGCUCUUCUGUUGCGGACAAAUCCAAGCGGUACUAUCGGACACCAAGCCCCCAUCCUCUGAAGAUGUCAGCCGCCUCCUCUCUCUCCCGAUUGUCGAAGUUGAGCCGCGGCACUCCCAGUAGCAAGUGUUCAGGCUCCUCUCCAGCUGGAUCACCUCCAAAGACCUUCCUGGAAACGCUGGCUGACGCUAUUCGAGCUCCGACUUCAUUGUUUUACAAGGAGAAUAAGACCAGCUCACAGGGUGAGGACGGCAAAAUAUCCCCAGGGAAGAGUGUCAGUCCGAAGAAGUCGGUCAGAUUCAAGCCUGGGAAAUCAAUCAUCGAGGAUGAACCCCGAUCUUCGCCCAUCGACAUCCCGAGAGCGACACCGUCCCUGCCUCCCGUUCAGCUAGCGAGCACACCUCUCAUGCAAUUCUUUGGGAAUGAUCACCCACAUCUGAUCCCGACCGCCAGGCCUCCUCAGCCGCGAGUACUGAACUCUACUAUCAAUUUCCGCCAGGCGAUGGCUGAAGCUCAGACGUCCAUCACCGAGGACGAGCUGCAGGAAGUCGCAUCUGUUAGCACCCCUCUGUCAGAACUUCCGUUGCCUUUACGGGGAGCGACUGCCGCCGUGGAGAAACCUUUUAGAGAUCCAAAUGAUGAGCGCGACCUGGAAAUUAGGCGGACUAUGCUCCAAGAGUACGAUAACCAGUUGACGAUCAAAGGAACAGAAGCUUGUGGAUCCGCGGACAUUGUCAUUGACAGAGACUUCGCCGCUAACGAUCAGAAAGUGCAGAAUUUGCCUCAAGGCAAUUCCACGAGAGCCCCAGUGGCAGCCUCUCGCUUGAGUUUAGUGUCGAAAGCAGCCAAACAGGAUGAGGGUUCGAACGAGCCAAAGCUCUCCUGCGAGAUCAGUCCGUUUGAAUUGUUCACCGAGGCCGCAAACACGCUCAAAGCCGAUGGGCCAGCUGCUGCCCGAGACGAUACAGACUCGGAUUACUCCGAUGGACAAUCAGUUGCUGUGGCGGUUUCAUCCCUGAGCACAGGUGAAGAUGAGGAGAGGUGGAACGAAGGCCCAACUCACGAAGAUAUUCGUCUCCGGUUUAAGCAUCCGGAACGCUAUAGAUCCCUUAAUUCUCGUGAUGCGGACAAAGCUUCAGACUCGAAGGCGAAUUUACAAGAAAACACCCGUGCAGGAGCAGCCAUUACUCCGUUGCCAGAUUCUGCUGCAGAAUGGAGUCCGAUUCAGCAGCUUUCACCGCCUAGAACUGCUGGUGAGGUAAGCCCAGAGUCACGGAAGAGAAAGAAAUAUCAGCGUUCGACCUCCGAUGAAGACCCAUACCUGUAUAUGCCCGAGGCCUUUCUUAACAACCCACCCUGGGUCGCUGAGCUCGCCCUUCGGGGGGAUAGACCGUACCCAAACAACCAAUCGAGACAGCCUUCCCCUCUCUUCCCUGGCCCUCGGAUGGGAAGAUACGAGAGGAUAACGUCGGUGGCGGCAACUAUGACGGAGAGCGAACCAGAUGGCGGGGCUUUCUUGUAUCCUGAGGAUGCUGAGAUCGAGAGGGAAGGGUAUACUGAAAACUGGGGCAGCUUCAAGGUCGAACCAUGUCCCUGGCCACCGCUCCCUGGCGCACCGAGAACACCGUCUCCAGCAUCCGUUCCGUUGCCUUUGUCCACACGCCCCUCGGCCAGAACCUCUUACGAACUGCAUACAGAUGAGUACGGGUCCUGUCCCUUUGGAGACGACCGAGAGCCAUCUAGCUUUGGUGAUGGAUAUGCCGGACAAUGUGGGGUGGCCAACACCACUGGGGCUGAUGAGCAUAGCCUGAAUCGGAACAACUGUGCCGGCCUUGGAAGGACUUCACAACCAAUUGGUCGUGAUACAGAGGAAGAUAAGCUAGCAAGAGCUGCUGAGGUCUUGAAAAGAUUCGUCCCUCGCAAAGCCAGUGGUCCGAGCACCACGCAUAAUCCGACCACGGAGCUGGAACCCAAAUCUGCACGUGAACAUACUACCAAAUCCCUUCGAUUGAAGCGUCUACCAGGUCGAAGUUCGGACACGGAAAUGGAGAGCCUGAACCAAUGCAUGUUGAGUCGAAGGAGAUCGACUACAGUCGAAAGCAAAUGGUCUGCAGGAAGCGAAAUGUCCCAGGACAGUGGUUCAGGACAAACCCACAAGACAGCGACGUCCACAGACCUCUCUGAAACGCUGGAGGAGGACGAACGUCUGUGCAAGGGCAUUGUUUGA